UGGUCCUCAAAGAUCAAAACAACCAUCACGAAGAUGAACAAGCCACUGCUCCUGCUGGUCGCUCUGACUUUCUGCUGCUGCAUCGCGUCUCUGCAUGGUUUUACCAUAAAUACCUGCCGCUGUAGAAAGACGACCAUGAGACCUGUUUAUGCUAAGAUGGUCAAGAAGAUUGAGGUGACUCCUGUUUCAGGACACUGCCCCCGAACUGAAAUCUUGAUCACUGUGAGGUCUGGUGCUAAGAUUUGUGUCAAUCCAGAGGCCAAGUGGUUUCCGGGCCUUCUCAAAACUCUGCAAAAGAAGAACGCCGUCUCAACCACUGAGCCACGCACUGCUUCAACACCUAGCUACUGAUCACACGGCAGAUCGAUUCCUCCCUUCAUCAAUCUGAAUUACCUGUAGCAAGCCUGUUGUAUUCAGCCCGAAUACGGUUUCAUUUUCUCGAGUGUUAUCCUUUGAUGACAAAGGUAUAAUUCUUAGAAAAUCACAUAAUCUAAAUGUGAGUUUUUUUAUGCUUGAAAUUCUGAUAG